AUGUUGGAUACUGUUUGUGUGUUGUUACUAUUAACAACUUCAGUGAAGACUGACUCUCACACUCAGGUCAUUGACGCAGGACAGAAUUCUAACGAUCCACAUCCAUGCGAUAGAACGUGCGAAUAUCCAGCUUCUCCUCAAAUCUGCGAAUACGAUUUUGUUGUGGAGUGGUAUUACACAAUGUCCAAAGCAUGCUACGACUGUCCAUUCUCAAUUUCUGAUUGUUCAAGACCACAUUGCGUUGCGGCCGAUGGAGUAGGCCGUCCUGUAAUAACUGUUAACAGAUUAUUCCCAGGACCCCAAAUCAGGGUGUGCCAUAAUGAUACUGUUCGUGUGAUAAUCAGAAACAAACUUGAUAACGAUGAGGGAAUCGGAAUUCACUGGCAUGGUCUUCACAUGAAAGAUACGCCACAUAUGGAUGGGGUUUCUAUGUUGACUCAAUGUGCCAUACCAGCAAAAACGUCUUUCACCUAUGAGUUUACGGCAUAUCCUCCAGGAACACAUUUUUGGCAUUCACAUGCCGGUUUGCAAAAGGCAGAUGGUUUAGCUGGCGCGCUUAUCAUUAAUCGUGACAGUGAGGAUGAUCCAAACCGAGGACAAUUUGAUGUUGAUUCUGCCGAGCACGUUAUAUUCUUGGCAGAUUGGUUGCAUACAACAACAUUAGCCUUUUUUCUCAAAAAACACCACUUUGAAGGUGGUCCAAAUAGAGGAGACAAUGUUUUAAUAAACGGAAAAGGUGUAUCUGAGGAGUUCUUCAAUUCAACAAACAACUCUACUCAUUUUACCCCGCGAAAGACUUUUUAUGUCGAACAAAAUACACGUUAUCGAUUCCGGAUGAUAAGUAAUGCUGCCUUUUGUGCAUAUGCUGUUUCUAUUGACGGGCACGAACUGAAGGUAAUUGCAACUGACGGACAUGAUGUUGAACCAUAUAUGGUAUCGUCGCUUGUCAUUCACAGCGGAGAAAGAUACGACUUCGUCGUUGAUGCAUCCAACGAAGUUGCAAACUACUGGAUAAGAGUACGCGCCUUAGAAAGCUGUGCUCGAUUAUCACAGAUGGCGAUUUCAAGAUAUCAAGGAGCGCCCGAAUCAGAUCCAAGUACAACUGCAGUGUCAUCUGGAACUGAAAAAGAAUUGAAUAAUCCAUGGGCUGAUGCUGCAAAUGAAAGCAACAGUCAGGUCACGUCGCUUAAAACGAUGUAUUCUCGGACAUAUCCGGCUAGGGUAGGAUAUGAUGGAACGCCGGACCAAACUCAUUUUAUUGGAUUUGAUAUAUAUAUGAUCAAUCACCCGAGUUAUAAUCAUCCCGAGCUUUAUGCAUUUCCCGACGUCGUUCCUCGGUUCUUCUCACAACUAAACAACGUCUCAUUUGCGUUUCCAAAAUAUCCCAUGUUAACUCAAUCGAAAUAUAUUGAUGAUGAUCAUCUGUGUAAUCCCGAAACGGCUCAAUGGAACCGGAACACCUCCGGUUUUGCCAGAAUAACUUCUGUUCUUGCCCAUACGUCAUCAAUGCUAAAGGUCGGCGAUUCUCUCUCUCCCGAAUCGGUCAAGGAAAUUCAUGCUAACGGUAGUAUAGAAUACAAUUUCAACACAGUUCUGAAAGACACUGUUAUUGUUCCUCAUGGUGGAUACACAGUUAUUCGUUUUUUUGCUGAUAACCCCGGAGUCUGGUUCUUCCAUUGUCAUCAGAUCUUCCAUUUGCAUAUAGGAAUGAGUUUGGUUUUUAAAGUUGGAGAACCUAGCGAUUGGGUGAAACCGCCUGAAGACUUCCCGAAAUGUGGACCCUGGCCAGGAAAAGCAGUGAGCAGAGCAGAGAGUUGUUUGUUCAAAAAUGGAUAUAUGAUGUAUAUUCUCUUGCAAAUGUUUUGUUACUUUGCCUUCCAAAAUGCUGAUUACUGAAAUCAUGUUUCAA